CGAAGGCAGAACUUUUGGGAAGGUCCUGGACUGGUUUUGACGGAGGUAUUUGCAGUGGCUGCCCCGCAGGAAAAAGAAAAUGAUGAGUGAUGCAAGUGAGAUGCUGGCUGCAGCUUUGGAACAGAUGGAUGGCAUCAUUGCAGGUUCUAAGGCUUUAGAAUAUUCUAAUGGCAUAUUUGACUGCCAGUCCCCAACUUCUCCAUUCAUGGGGAGCCUGCGAGCACUGAACCUUGUGGAAGAUUUGCGUGGCUUAUUGGAGAUGAUGGAAGUGGAUGAAAAAGAAGGAUUGCGGUGCCAAGUCCCAGAUUCGACAGCAGAAGUUUUGAUUGAAUGGCUACAGAGCCAAAUGACCAAUGGCCAUAUAUCUGCUAAUGGAGAUGUAUAUCAGGAGCGGCUUGCACGUUUGGAAAACGACAAGGAAUCUCUUGUUCUGCAAGUUAGUGUACUUACUGACCAGGUGGAUGCUCAAGGGGAAAAGAUCAGAGAUUUGGAGAACUGCUUAGAAGAACACAGGGAGAAAUUGAAUGCCACAGAAGAAAUGCUACAACAGGAGCUCUUAAGUAGAACAUCCCUUGAGACUCAAAAGUUGGACCUUAUGACAGAAGUUUCCAACUUGAAGCUCAAGUUGACUGCAGUGGAGAAGGAUAGAUUAGACUAUGAAGACAGGUUCAGAGACACUGAGGGUUUGAUGCAGGAAAUUAAUGCAUUACGCCUAAAAGUAGGAGAAAUGGAUACUGAGAGACUUCAGUAUGAGAAAAAGCUUAAGUCUACAAAAGAAGAACUAUCAUCUUUAAAAGAUAAAUUAGAACAGAAGGAAGCUGAGAUAAAACGACUGCAAGAGAAGCUGGUUCUCCAGGUGAAAGGAGAAGGGACUGAUAUAAAUGACAGAGAUGAAAAUUGUAAAAAGAAGCUCAAAGACAAAAAUAUUGAGGUGCAAAAAAUGAAGAAAGCUGUGGAAUCUCUAAUGGCAGCAAAUGAGGAAAAGGAUCGGAAGAUUGAAGAACUUCGACAGUCUCUCAAUCGUUAUAAGAAAGUACAGGACAUGGUGAUACUAGCUCAGGUUAAAAAAGGCAAAGAAGAUGAAUGUGAGGAAACAGCAGAUCCAGAAUCUGUUUCAGUAGUCUUGUCAGAUGCAGAGAAUCUACAUGAAGCUGAGAAAAGUCCGUCUGCUUCUCCAGCUGCUGGUGCUCCGAACCAUGAAGAGUUUAGAACAAAAACUCCUGAAGAGAAUUCACUACAGAUCCAUACUAGUGUCUUGCAAGUUUCCAUUCCUUCUUUUUCGUCAUCGUUCAGACAUCCAGAAGAAACUACAGAUGAAGUAAAUACUCAGUCAAAGAUAGAAAUUGCAAGUGAAAAGCAAACACCAUUGGCUUCCACUGAAGCACAGCUAGGUGACACAAAAUUAACUUCAGCUCUGCAAAAAUCCAGCAGCCUGGGGAACUUGAAGAAAGAUGCAUCUGGUGACAAAGAUUCUGGCCAGAAGCAAGAGGAGGGCAAAGCACCGAUUGGGAGUAGCAAAUAUGGAACCCUCCCUCCUAAAUCUCCAGGUGAGGAAGAUGCCUUUGGGACCCGUAAAGCCCGGUCUUCAUUUGGGAGAGGCUUUUUCAAGAUCAAAAGUAGCAAAAGGACAGCAAGUGCGCCUAACUUGGAUCGCAGUCGAAGUGCAAGUGCACCCACCUUAGCAGAGACGGAGAAAGGAUCUGCAGAUCACUUAGAUCUGGCUGGCUUGCCUCCUCGACCAAAAGUUGUAGAAGGUGGGCCUUUGACACCACCUUCUCCUGACUCUAAAAAGAAAGCCAGAGGAAUCAAGAAAUUGUUUGGAAGACUCAGAAGAAGCCAGUCUACCACAUUUAAUCCGGAUGAUAUGACAGAGACAGAGUUCAAACGAGGAGGCACAAGAGCAACUGCAGGCCCACGACUUGGCUGGUCCAGAGAUCUUGGGCAAUCAAAUGAUUUGGAUAUGCCAUUUGCUAAAUGGACGAAGGAGCAAGUAUGUAACUGGCUUCAGGAGCAGGGCUUGGGGUCUUACAUAAAUCAUGGCAAACACUGGAUACUUUCUGGCCAGACUCUCUUGCAAGCUUCUCAGACUGAUUUGGAGAAGGAACUUGGAAUAAAGCAUCCCCUGCAUCGGAAGAAACUGCAGCUGGCACUUCAGGCAUUAGGGUCAGAAGAAGACAACAACCAUGGGAAGCUGGAUUACAACUGGGUUACAAGAUGGUUAGAUGACAUUGGCCUGCCCCAGUAUAAGACACAAUUUGAUGAAGGAAAGGUGGAUGGCCGAAUGCUCCAUUAUAUGACUAUUGAUGACUUGCUAUCUUUGAAAGUUGUGAGUGUCCUCCACCAUCUGAGCAUCAAACGUGCCAUUCAAGUACUAAGAAUAAAUAACUUUGAACCCAACUGUCUCCGCAGAAGACCUUCAGAUGAGAAUAACAUCACACCAUCUGAAGUUUCACAGUGGACCAAUCAUCGGGUGAUGGAAUGGCUGCGUUCUGUUGACCUUGCAGAAUAUGCUCCUAAUUUGAGGGGAAGUGGUGUCCAUGGUGGGCUCAUGGUUUUGGAGCCUCGUUUUAACGUGGAGACCAUGGCGCAGCUGCUUAACAUCCCACCAAACAAAACACUGCUGAGGCGGCACUUGGCAACCCAUUUUAAUUUACUGAUCGGUCAAGAGGCCCAGCAGCAAAAGCGUGAAGCCAUGGAAUUUCCGGAUUACGUCCUCUUAACAGCAACAGCCAAAGUGAAGGCAAAGAAACUUGCUUUUGGUACUUUUGGAAAUUUAAGGAAGAAGAAGCUGGAUGAUGGUGAAGAAUAUGUGUGCCCGAUGGAUUUGGGACAGGCAUCAGGAAUUGGUUCAAAGAAAGGCUAUAAGCCAGGGUUAGAUAUCAGACUGUAUGAUGAUGAUGAUCUGGACAGAUUGGAGCAGAUGGAAGAUUCAGAAGGUACUGUAAGACAAAUAGGAGCAUUUUCUGAAGGCAUCAACAACCUCACUCACAUGUUAAAAGAAGACGAAAUGUUCAAAGACUUUGCCACGCGUUCUCCUAGUGCCAGUAUAACAGAUGAGGAUUCGAAUGUGUGAUAGAAUCGGCGCUGGACACUUCAGUCUCUUGAUGCUGCUGCGAGCGUUGCCAUUGCAUGUGAUGGAAACAGUGCAUCGUGUUACUAAAGUUGCUUUUGCUUCUGUUAGAAGUGCUAUUUUUUGGAGGAGAAGAGGUACUUAUUCUAAAGUUGCCAUACAAUGGAGAAGAAAAACAAAUCAGACAACCUAUGAGUGAGGGGACUGAGUAUUUUUCUCUCUUGUUUUAAAAAGUGACAUAUUUUAAGAUGACUCUACUGCCAUAAUGUUCCUGCACGUAGGUGUGCCAUAACCUGUAUCUGUGUAUUUCUCUCUCUUCUUCAAGUAAUACGAAAAAACAAAAUACUUAAUUACAGACUUCAGGAAUUAGCAUCCACUGUAGUUAUUUCAGCAGGAAAGAAACCCUGGAAUUUCUCGAUUCCUAUUUCAACGAGCUUAUCAAAAGUAAACAACCAAUCACAUACUCCCCAAAAUGGAAAUCUUGUUUGUCUUAUUUUUAUACAAUUUUUAUUAAAAAAGAAAAAUGUAUUGAGUACAUACAAAUCAGAAGUUUUAUAUUGUGAUAUAAGGGGAUAACUUUUUUUUUUUUUAAAGAGAGGGUUCCAGAUUGAAAACCAGCUGGUUACUGGCAAAGUUCGACUGACCUAUGAUGGCUUGUACCUCCCCAAGCCUUAAGUGAUUCCUGCAUUCUUACAUUAGGAAUAAACUGAAUCUUGCAAAAUUAAAGCCUUUCUCAGUUUUCCCUUUUUUCCAGUGUUAAAAUGGAAUUUUAGUAACAUUUAAAUUUUUUGUCAUUUCUGGUGUGGCAUUGAGAAUGCCAUAUUUUGAGACUGAGAAAGAGCCUGUGACCUUCUGAACAGGUCAUUUUCUCCCUCUCAUACCCUGCAAUGGAAAGUCUUUAAAUUUAAAAGGAAUAUUAGCCAAGUCACUUUAUUUUGCAGUAUUAAAUUGAAAUAUGAUGUCUUGCCUUCUAAGUACAGUUGACAAUAAUGUAACAUACUGACUGAUGUUUAUACUUGGUUUUUAUAAGGUAUACCAUAUAUUGACUUUUUAAAAACUAUCAAGCUUGCAAAAUUCAGAUUAGCCAGGGGAAAAAAAGUUGGUCAACUUUCAAGAGAAUAUAUUUGAUUCAGUCUUUCUCUUCCCAGUUCUGAAAUAUUUACAGCUAAUUUCUACUUGCAUAAAAUGAUGUUGCAAACAUUUUGUAUUGUCCUGUUUGAAAGGGAUCGGUCUCACUGUAGAUGCCAAUUUCCAUACUUUAAACACUUUGUGCCCAAAUUAGGGUUGGUAGUUCAAAGGCUUACAGGAGUGUUAAGUCUGCUCAGGUACUAAUAGUGGUGAAUGUCAACUCAGGGCCAAGCGUUUUAUUCAAAUACAUAUUUUGGCAUAAACUGGGUUGGUACCAUUUCAGACGGCAAAUGAGGAGGGGGAACAGCUUACUGGAAUGUUCAUCUACUCACAUCUCUCUUUCUGUGAAAAUCUAGUUUAUCAGAUAUUUCUAUCUUUGCUUUCUUUCUGAACAUGCUUACUUUCUGCUUCAGUGAGUCCUUAAAAAAGAGGGUGAAUAUUCAAACUUAUGAUCCACCAACUGUAGUCUGAAAUGGACUUGCGAUUUAUUUGACUGUAUGCUUGGUCCCUAGACUGACUUCAUGAACUGAUGCUUUAAAUGUGUUGCUUCUCACAUGUUUAUUUACAGUUUCAAAAUAGUGCUAACAUGGAUUGUAUUGUGUUUUCAAUCAUAUUACUUUCUGUAUCCUUAAGAAGCUUAAUCAGAAAAGCUGAGCCGGUGCAGUACAUUCAGUGUGGUCUGUCCAUUGUUAAUAACAGACUCUACCAACUGUUUCAUAACCACUUCAUUUCAUUUGGUAUCUAGCUAAUUUCAAUGAAUGCAGGUAACACUCAUGCCAGAAUUAUCACAUUUACAUUAACUGUGAAUCAGUGUAUUUAUGAACAAAAGAGUUCACUUCCUGGGCAUAUAAAAAAACACCUGCCAGCAAGCCCCAUAGUUCACUUGCUUAAAAAAAGUGCAUACAUUUUGAACAAGGCCUGUCACCUAUAAGCUGGUUUUGCUUUCCAUCAAGUGCUGAUUGCAUAAGAUUGGAAUAAAGAAGACUGGGUUCACAUGCACAUAUAUUUGUAGACUCAAACAACAGUCAGAAGAAUUUCUUUGUAUCUAGUUGGACUCUUGCAUGUAUGCACAAAAUUAGACUUCUUAUCAUUUUCAGUUGUGAUGUGAUUGGAAAUUGGUUAAACCUUUGGAUCAUCUUUUUGCUGGUGGGAAGAAUAUUUCUUACUCUUAUUUCUGUGGGACUUGGGAGGGAAGAGUAAUAUAAAACAUGAUUAAGCCAAGUUGUUGACAUAAUUGUGUGCACAUGAAAUAUCAUUAUGGUAUUUUAUUAGGCUGCGUGUGUACAAAGAGGUUAGCACAAACUUACCUGUAUUACCGUGUUAAAUAAAUACUUAUGGAGAGAAA